AUGAUCUCGCAUUCGUAUUCAAGUUUCGACAUCAAGCCUUCGUCAGCCAACGAUACUCCAGACCGCGCCCAGAGCGUGUCUUUGGAUACAUUCAACCUAAAAUACGCAAGGACGGAACCGACAUCGCCUACGGUGAGAAUGAUGUCGGACUUCAGAGGAAUUGAACCCGGUCCGUUUUAUCAUGCAACACUUCAAAGAUACUGUCGACCGACAGAUCUCUCAAAUUCUACAAACAACGCGCGGGUGGGAUUUGAACCCGAGCCCCCGGCUAGAAAACCGGAACUUAAGUUCUCGAUAGAGCGUAUCCUAGGGUUACGGUCCGAAGACGAGACUCAAGAUCUAAACCAAACUAAACCUAACCCGUUCGACGAUAGCCGUUUAGUCGCUGAUGAGGUGGGCGACGAAUACAACAGCGGUGAGGAUGUGGACGAGGAUGAGAGUAUCGAUGUUGACGAUACUAGCGUAUCGGAUAACUUUCACCACGAACAAUACGAUGGAGAGUAUGUAAAAAAUGAGGACGAUACCUUGAAAUACCAGUGGUUACAUUGUACCCGAUACCACCCACCAAAGUUACAAAGAACCAAGAAAAAAGAGGGCGCCAAAAAGCGGAAGUUGUGCCGCAACCCCCGUGUCCCCUUCACCCAGCACCAGGUGGUGGUCCUAGAGGACAAAUUCCGCAGGACACACUACCUCAGCAGCAUCGACGUGGCCGAGCUGUCCAGUGCAUUGAGCCUCACGGAGACCAGGGUAAAAAUCUGGUUCCAGAACAGACGAGCCAGGGAACGUCGAGACAAGGGCGGCUCCCACAAGAACCACGAAGCCCUGGCACACAAGACCUUUCAGCCCCUCACCGUCCCCUCGGUCAGCUGGCCUGUUGGGCAGACUAUGGCCGCGAACAAUUACGUGCAAUACCAUAAUGCGUUGGACUUCCGGUCAAGUUACUUGCCCCCCGGGUUUGGGAUUUACAACCCGGGGCAUGUAGCAAAGGAGGUCAUGGGUCAAGCAGUCGAUGAAUCAGAUCUGAGCAGAUUAACGUCGAUGUUAAAUAAUCCGGACAAGAGCGUCCAUUUCUGA